AUGAAGCUUUCAACAUCAGGGAUAGGUCAGCAAGCUCAUGAAGGGGAUAAGAAGUGCUUGAAUUCUGAACUAUGGCAUGCUUGUGCUGGUCCUUUGGUGUCACUGCCGUUAGUCGGGAGCCGUGUGGUUUACUUUCCUCAGGGUCACAGUGAACAGGUUGCCGCCACUACUAACAAAGAAGUUGAUGCUCAUAUACCCAAUUACCCGAGCUUAUCGCCCCAAUUGAUCUGCCAACUCCACAAUGUCACGAUGCAUGCAGAUGCUGAAACGGAUGAAGUAUAUGCGCAGUUGAUGUUGCAGCCCUCGAGUCCGCAAGAACAAAAAGAUGCAUAUCUUCCUGUAGAGCUGGGGAUUCCUAGCAGACAGCCAACAAAUUACUUUUGCAAGACUCUAACAGCAAGUGAUACGAGCACACAUGGUGGCUUCUCUGUUCCGCGGCGUGCUGCGGAGAAAGUUUUUCCUCCUUUGGAUUUCUCUCAAACACCACCUGCGCAAGAACUUAUAGCAAGGGAUCUCCAUGACGUUGAAUGGAAGUUUAGGCAUAUUUUUCGCGGUCAGCCCAAGCGUCAUUUGCUCACUACUGGCUGGAGUGUAUUCGUCAGUGCCAAACGACUUGUUGCUGGUGAUUCUGUUCUUUUUAUCUGGAAUGAGAAAAAUCAGCUACUUUUAGGAAUUCGUCGUGCUACUCGACCACAAACAGUUAUGCCAUCAUCUGUUCUUUCAAGUGAUAGUAUGCACAUUGGACUUCUUGCUGCUGCUGCUCAUGCUGCUGCUACUAGUAGCUGCUUCACUGUAUUUUAUAACCCGAGGGCCAGUCCAUCUGAGUUUGUCAUACCUCUUUCAAAGUAUGCCAAAGCUGUGCAUCACACACGUGUUUCAGUUGGAAUGCGAUUUCGGAUGCUAUUUGAGACCGAAGAAUCCAGUGUUCGCAGGUACAUGGGUACCAUAACCGGGAUUGGUGACUUAGAUCCUGUUCGUUGGCCAAAUUCUCACUGGCGUUCUGUUAAGGUUGGUUGGGAUGAGUCAACAUCAGGUGAGAGGCAGCCCAGGGUAUCUCUAUGGGAAAUCGAACCUUUGACAACAUUUCCCAUGUAUCCCUCGUUAUUUCCUCUGAGGCUAAAACGACCAUGGUAUCCCGGGGCAUUAUCUUAUCAAGAUGCUGCAAAUGAAGCCAUCAAUGGCAUGGGGUGGCUGAGCGGCCAGCCACAUCAGCUUCAGCAGCCGAUUCAUUAUCUCCAGCUGGCAGGCAGCCAGAACUCUCCGCAUGCCCUCCCCAUGCCACAUCAGCAGCAAGCGGACAACAACCGGGAAGCCUUCCUGGCAGCAGCCCACCACCAGCGGGGCCUACCGGACUUUCCGAAUCCGGACAGCAAAUUUUCCGAUAUGCGUAAUUCGGCAAACUUAUCGAAUUUCAACGAGCAGCCAGCUCAGCAAACUUGGGCCGAAAAAUUCGGUGGCGGCUCAGGCCUGGACGUGCAGAAUCAGGCGCUUUUUGCCGCAGGUAUGGACUCUUCUGCCCUCGUGCUGCCCACCACUGUGUCUGGUGGUGUGGGCCCCUCCUCGUCUGUGAAUGCCGAAAUGUACCCUAUGCGGCUAUUAGGGUCGUCCGAUUAUCAUCAGAGCCCAAUGUAUGGUUACGAGCCGCAGGAUUCUCCGGAAGUGUUGCAGAAUGUGGGACCCGUUGAUCAACCGAUGAGGGACAGUACAUUUGUCAAGGUGUAUAAAACGGGAUGUGUUGGUAGGUCAUUGGACAUUGCUCGGUUCAGUAGCUAUCGGGAGCUUAGGCAGGAACUGGGACAGAUGUUCGGUAUACAAGGGUUGCUUGAAGAAGACCCUCAAAGAUCAGGCUGGCAGCUUGUAUUUGUUGACAGGGAGAAUGACGUGCUUCUCCUUGGAGACGAUCCGUGGGAGGCAUUUGUGAAUAAUGUCUGGUAUAUCAAGAUACUUUCUCCCGAGGACGUGUUUAAGCUGGGAAAAGAAUAA